AUGCAAUAGGUAUUGAAAGUGGAAUUCAGAACCCAACUUGCUGAUGAAGAUUAUUCAAGUAAGAUCAUUAGCGAUACAAAUUUCAACAAUUUCAAGAAUAAUAAGUUUUUGACAAAUCUAUUAAAAGAUUGCAUUUUUGAUUUAGAAGGUGAGUCAUUUAUGCAAUAAUAAAAUGAUGAAGUUGAUGAUGACGAUGAAGGAGUAUUUUCAUUUUAAAGCAUGAUUGAGGAAUAGGAAGAAAUACAAGAUAUUACUUUAAUAGAUGCAAGCAAAUAAAGAAAUAAGAUCAAUAAAUUGCAAGAGAUCAAUUAAAUAGUGGAAAAACUAGAGAAAGCAUUAAGCAAGAUUUCCAAAGUGGAUAUCCAAAUUUAUGAUUUGAAAGAGGCUCCAUUAGAUGCAAAAUUAGACAGUCCACUCACUGUUACUUUAAGGAUGUAGAAGAAGUAUUUGUGUAAUUUCUUGAAAUUCCAUUUUUCUAUAAUCCCAAAUUCUUAGCCUGUAUUCAUGAACUUCAAAAAUGCUCAAAUUAUAGAUGAUCGCAUGCAAAAUUAGGAAUACUCUAUAAAAAUCGGUAAAAUACCUUUCACAUUGAAUGAAUUAACCUUUUCGUAUGUUACAGGAGAACAUUUAAAAGACAAACUCCCCGAUUAACCAAUUAAUUCUCCUAUCAACUUGUUCUUGUCUCCUUACUUUAAAUUUUCAGAUUUGCAAUCUCAAUUAUUCAAGGUAAAAGCCUAUAUGAUGUUCCAUUGUGAAGAAUCGAAAUUGGCAAGGAAAGUGGAGUUCAUCCUCAAUAUUCUUGAUAAGUUUCUAUUGAAAAUUGAAGUUGAUUUAGUAAAUUGUUAAUAUUGCCAUGCUGUGACUGAUAGUUUUGGAAAAAAAAUACAUUUUAAGUUAUUGUGUCCACCAAAUUACAGUAUUUCAUUGAGUACAAAAAGAAAAUUCGAGUUGUUCAAUAUGAAAAGUGAUUGGAUCAGAGUGCAUAAUAUAUUUUCGAAUGCAUAUUAUAAUAAAUAUAAGAAUGAGAUUGAAAGAUUGAUAAUAAUCAACAAUACGUUGAUCACUGCUUAAUUCACAUUUUAAUAGGGAUCCAAAGAGGAGAUGGCCUAUAAAAUGGUAAUUGAGAAAUUGUCAUAAUACAACCUGAUGUAUUCAGAUGCAAUAGAUCUGAAUCUGUUUGAGUUGGAGUAGAGAAAAACAUAAUGGGAUUAAUUGUACGCCUUAAUAGAGUAGAGCUAAUUGAGUUUCGAAUAGAAAUAUAACAUCCUAUGUGUUGUUUCACAGAAUAGGAUCACAGAUUUGGAUCUGUUGAAAUAGCUAAUUCUCCAUAUAACGUAAUUUUAAAGGGAUAAUCAUGAAAAAAUAUUAGAAUCUACGUUUCAGUUGUUUUCUAGAUAUAGUACAGAUUUGAAUUUUUCAGUGAGACAAUCAGAAUUAAAUAAAAAGAACUAUUUAACUUUUAAAAGAGAUCUAAAAAGGUGUCUAGAAGAUGUGAUUAUUCCAAUUGAUUAGAAUGAGUAAAAGAGAGUGGCUAUGAUAAAGAGAGUAUCAUUGACACCCUCAGGAUAUAUAUUCAAUCUAAAACUGCCUGAAGAGACAAGUGAAAUCAUUAGGCAGUAUUAUAAUUAAUUGGAUAACUUCAUAAGAUUACACUUCGAGGAUGAGAAUUUGGAGACAAUUCAUGGACAUCAUUACAUUACAGAAUAUUACUUUAAAUCAAAGCUGUCAAAUGGAUUACAUUUGCUUGGGGAACAGUUUAGAUUAUUAACUUGGAGUGCUUCCCAAUUGAGAGGAGGUUCUUGCUGGAUCUUUAAUUACAAUAGAGCCUAGAUAUCAAGAUAAAAUUUCAUAGAUUCAAUAGGAAACUUUAAUACAUUGAAUAUGGAUUAAGUGGCUAAGAAUGCAGCUAGAUUGGGUUAGAAUUUCAGUUCGAGUAAGUCAAUUGAUUUAAGAUAAAUAAUUGUGAAGACUUAAGUUCCUGAUAAGGUAGGUGAUAAUGGCAAACUCUACACUGACGGUAUAGGGAAGAUAUCUAGAAAUUUGAUAGAAAUGAUCAGGGUAGAAAUGAAUAAUCACACCAUCUCAGCUAUUCAAGUAAGAUAUCAUGGAGCAAAGGGUGUAUUACUAUUGAAUGAUGAUUUGCCUGAUAACACAAUUGAACUUAGAAAGAGUAUGAUUAAGUUUAAUCCAACUUUAAUGAAUGACGGGAAUUAUAAAACCAUGAUCUCCUUAUUGGAUUACAACAAAUUUAGAGGUGGAUAUUUAAAUAGAUAGAUAAUCAUAUUAUUGGUAACCCUGGGUAUUUAAGAGGAGGUGUUUAUGCAACUUCAGCGAGAAUACUUGCAUAAAAUAGCAAAUCUGUCUGCUGUAGAUUCGUCAAUAUAUAAUCACUUUUUAGUCGACUAUAAUGGAGAGUUGCAAGGACUCCCAUCGAUUAUUGAUAAUAUAAGGAUGAUGAUCAAUGCCAACCUAAAUGAGAACAACAAUCACUAUAUUAAAAGGGUAUUGGAUCGGUUGAAAAGGAGAGGUCUUAUGUAAUUGAGAACCAAGUCUAAUAUUCUUAUGGAUCAAGCGGCUAGAGUAUUGGGUGUAGUGGAUGAUUACGACAUACUGGAUUAAGGAGAGGUUGUAUGUAUUGUGAAAUAAUCCCUAGAUGUAAAUCACAAAUAUAUCACUGGAGAAAUCAUUGUGGUAAGAAACCCUUGUCUGCAUCCAGGAGAUAUUCGAAAGGUCAGAGCCUUAUCAGAAAAUGAAAUUUUGAGCAGAUAUAACAUGAAGAAUCCAUUUGCUGAAUACUAUAAUUGCAUUGUGUUUCCGUGCAAAGGAAAUUCUAUACCUGCUGAUUGUGGUGGAGGUGACUUGGAUGGGGAUAUCUAUUUUGUUUCAUGGGAUCCCAAAGUCAUACCAAAGACCACCGAAUAUCCUAUGAAUUACGAUGAAGAGAAGAAACCUGCUGUUGUUGUCUCAAAAUAAAUUCAGGCUCAAGGCUAUAUAUCUGCAGAAGAUUUCUUUUAGGAGAACAAAAUGAUUGAAUUCCUACUUGAAUAUCUCAAUUUUGAUGUCCUUGGCAAAAUUGAUAAUAGCCAUCUAGCCAUUGCAGAUGGAUCUCCAGAUUAUGCUAAGGAUCCAAAAUGCAUCAGACUAGCAGAACUCCAUUCAGCUGCUGUUGAUUAUGUCAAACAUGGAAAUAAAGUGGAAAUUCCUAAUAACCUUGUCACUAAAAGAUGGCCCGAUUUUAUGGAAAAGGACUCCAUGGUUUAUGAAUCAACAAGUAUACUAGGUAAGCUCUACAGAGAAGUUCUGCAGUGUAUUAAUCAAGAACCUCAAUCUGUUCUAGAUGGCUAUCAACAAGAAGGCUUACCUGAAAUAGACACAAGAUUUAUUUACAAAUUUUAAUAGGAAGAUGAAUUGGCUUAAGUUGGAGACUAGGCCAAGCAGUAUUAGGAUUAUUAUUAAAACGAAUAUUAGCAAUACCUAACUGACAAUAUUUGUAGGAAUGCUCUCAAAUGUUUAAAUCAUAUCUUUGACAAUUUUGAUUCUUUGAGGAAGAUGUUUGAUCUUACAAAUGAAUAUGAAAUUUACACAGGGUACUUUACUAACUUCACUUAAGGAGAAGGAACCAGGUUAAAAAAAAAAAUUAAUGUGGAGCAUGUAUAGAAGAGAGUUAUUCUUAGUCUUGUUCAAUUGAAAUAAGAAAUAUAUAAGACUCUAUCUGCAAAUGAAGAAGAAAGAUUGGCAGAAAUUUCAAUUAUCCAUUUUCUUAUGAUGUACUCUCCGAAGUCUCAUCAAGAUUAAAUAGCAAAAUACACUUCCCUGAAAUUCUAUCAUUAAGAAUUGGAGAAAACCAUUAAUAAAAAUGAAGAGAUCUACAAAUUAUUCAGUCGAUUGAAAAACAAAUUUCCAUAGUGGUACAGAGGAUGCAGUUGGUUUUUCUUUACAUUAGAAAUCCUAAGUUUCGCUCAAAAAACUAAUGAUGAUUCAGACGAACUUAUAUGA